GCAGUCGAUGACAACGACAAAUUGGCGCGUUGAUGACGCGUAAUAAUUGCUUAACGCGGUAUUUGGUUCGAUCCUCUCUCCAACUGAAUCCAUACUCACUCUACUAUAUAUAUUCACAAGAUCCCUCUUUCUCUCUUCUUCAUUUUCUAUUUCAUUUUUCUCAAUUUUAUUCAAAGGUGUUUGUUGUUUUGUUUGAAAGAUGGGGGGUGGUAAAGAUAAACAUGAUGAAUCUUCUGACAAAGGGAUGUUUUCAAAUCUUGCUCAUGGUAUAGCUGGUGCUGCUACACAUGGUGGAGGGUACCCUCCACAACAUGGGUAUCCUCCACAACAAGGGUAUCCUCCACAGCAAGGUGGUUAUCCUCCACAACAAGGUGGUUACCCUCCUAGUGGUUAUCCUCCACAACAAGGUUAUCCUCCUAGUGGUUACCCUCCACAACAAGGGUACCCACCUGCUGGUUAUCCUGGUGCAUCUGGUCACAAUGCUCCAGGGGCUCAUGGAGGGUCUCAUGGACACGGCGGUAUGGGAGUAAUGCUUGCUGGGGGUGCAGCAGCUGCUGCCGCUGCUUAUGGUGCUUCCCAUUUAUCCCACGGCUCCCAUGGUGCUCAGGGCCAUUAUCCGGGUGGCUAUCCACAAGGUGGCUACGCUCAUGGCGGCUAUGCACAUGGUGGUGGUCACAUGGGCCAUGGAAAAUUCAAGCAGCAUGGCAAGUUCAAGGGGGGAAAGCAUGGCAAGUUCAAGCAUGGAAAGUUUGGCAAGCAUGGGGGAGGCAAGCAUGGAUUCAAGAAGUGGAAGUAAUGAAUGUAUAUGCAAUUCUGACUCUAUAUACCGCUGCUUGAUGCUUGCUACUUUAUAAAUAAACCAUACUUCAUAUGAUGUAUGUUUAUCAUAUAGGUCCCUUGUUUAUUUUUUUCUUGUUUUGAUAUUUCAAUGCAUUGGAUCCUUUGAGCAAGUCUUGAGGUAUUGGCUUACGGCUGACCAAAAUACUGACAAAUUGAUGUGUAAUGGCUUUGAUAUGUUUUGCAUCCUGAUUACGUGUUUAUUGAACUCAUUUUGAUUGUUUUAUGUUUUUCUCAA